AUGUCGCGCCCCGAGGAUACCCUCGCGGCCGAUGUCCACUACGACGAUGUCGAAGCUCGGAAGUACACGACAAAUUCCCGUAUCCAAAAUAUUCAAGCUUCCAUGACCCAGCGGGCACUCGAGCUUCUCGACCUCAAAACGCCGAGUCUGAUCCUCGACAUCGGCUGUGGCAGUGGUCUGUCGGGAGAAAUCCUCUCGUCGAUUCCCGAGGAGGAGGGUGGGCCACAUGUGUGGGUGGGCAUGGACGUGAGCGCAUCAAUGCUGGACGUGGCGCUCCAGCGGGACGUAGAAGGGGACCUUCUCUUGGCAGACAUUGGACAGGGCGUGCCGUUCCGCGCCGGCGCGUUCGACGCUGCCAUCAGUAUUAGCGCCAUCCAGUGGUUGUGCAACGCUGAGAACAGCGAAACCUCACCGGCCGGUCGACUCUCGCGCUUCUUCAACGGGCUCUAUGCGUCGCUUAAACGUGGUGGCAUGGCUGUGUGCCAGUUCUACCCAAAGAACGACGUCCAGAAGCAGAUGAUCACUUCUGCCGCCGUGAAGGCCGGUUUUGGCGCCGGCUUGUUAGAGGACGACCCGGAGACGAAGAAUGUCAAGGUUUACCUUGUCCUCACCGUUGGGAGCAGCGCGAUGGCUGGCAAGGGUGGCGACAUUACCGGUGUGGUCGACGGCAUGGAUAACGUGGAUGUGAUGGACCAUCGCAAGAAAGGCAAAACCGGCAGGGGCGACAUCAAGAAGGGCAGCAAAGCUUGGAUCAUCAAGAAAAAGGAGCAGAUGGAACGGAAGGGCAAGAUCGUCAAGUCGACCUCCAAGUACACGGGGCGGAAGCGGCGUAUUCAGUUUUGA